AUGAUGAUCCUGAAUCAACCUCAAGUCCACGACAUCCAGUCGAACUCUCACUCUUUCAUCAAGGCAGACUUUAAUACCGACUUUGGCUUCCAGUCCGAUCGUAAUCUCACCCCAGAGGAACAAUGGACUCCAACACAACUCUCAAGUUCACCAUGGUCUUCCACAAAAUCGUAUGAUCCAACGUCUCUACGACCAGGUUGCUUCACCUCCUCUGCCCGAGUACGCAAACCUGGUCCUAAGCGCCGCCAAGUGUUGCUGAGGGGUCGUAGUCGCCGGCAACAAGGCGCUGCCAGUACAGAUGCCUCCAGUGGAGGGCAGCGCACGUUUACAUGCAGCUUUGCAGCAUAUGGAUGCCAAAGCACAUUCAUUUCCAAAAACGAAUGGAAGCGCCAUGUCAGCUCCAAGCACCUUCAACUAGGCUUUUAUCGCUGCGACGUAGGCAAAUGCAAUGAGCACGCCAUAAUAAACAGCACCUCUACCCAAUCGUCCACUUCCCCAUCCUCUUCGCCACGAAACUCCUCUCAUUCUCUGGGAAAGCUCAACGACUUCAACCGCAAAGACCUUUUCACCCAACACCAUCGCCGAAUGCAUGUACCCUGGAUGCAGCCUGGCAUGCGACGAGUCCCUACUGAUGCAGACUACGAGGAAUUUGAAGAAAGUCUGGAAGAAGUGCGCCAGCGGUGUUUCCACGAGCUUAGGCAAGUGCCACAGCAGAGCAGUUGUGUGUUCUGCUCGAGAACUUUCUCGGGUAAGUCCAGUUGGGAUACUCGCAUGGAGCAUGUCGGUCGUCACUUUGAGCGGGAUGAUCCUGAGAACUUACGUGAAGAGGCCGAGGAUGUUGCAUUGCGCGAUUGGGGGCUUCGAGAAGGCAUUUUGGUUUUGAAGGAUGGUGGAUGUCUUCUAGCCAACUUGAUAAAGGGGACUGUUUUCUCUCUCAUUAUAAUCAAUAAGGCCGGUGGCUUAAUUUACCAGCGCGAGUUCCAAGCUGGUCUGCACAAACUCUCCACAAACGACUAUCUUGUUCUCGCUGGUACCUUCCAUGGUGUCCAUGCUAUUACGCGCUCCAUCACCCCCAAGAUUCCCCUAGUCUCAGCUGUCGCUUCGCCUUCCGUCUCCUCCCCUAGCACCAAUGCUCCUGUCUCAUCUGGGAAUAGCUUUCCCAACCCCGGCGUACCAGUUUCAGGCCUAGAACAUCUCGAGACGGAUCGCUUUCGAUUGACUUGCUUCCAGACUCCGACAGGGACUAAAUUUUUGCUGUUCACAGACCCCAUGACUGGCAAUGUGGAUACGAUCAUCAACAAGAUCUACGAGCUGUACGCAGACUACGUGAUGAAAAACCCCUUUUAUCAGCUCGAGAUGCCAGUGCGGUGUGAAUCAUUUGAUCGACAUCUUGGGGCAUGGUUGAGGGGACGGGCAUAG